AGAGAAACCAGAGGGAAGUGGCCUCUCCCCAAAGCCUUAGCCGGCUGGCGUGGUUGAAACUGUUGCUCCAAGAAGAGAAGAGAAGCCCAGGUCCUGAGUGAGUCCCCGCAGGCCCAGGAGCCGGCACAGCUAUCCCAGGGCUUCGCCGAGGUCACCAAACCUGGGUCCCGCGUGUGCCCCCAGAUUCUGCACGGUUUCCAACUCCGCUAAGCAGGAGGCAACAGAACCCAGCAGCGCCUUCCCGGACCUUCCAUUCGUCCCUGGCCUAUCUGUUUCCACACGGUGGCCCUGGGCUCCGAAGCCCCCUCUUCAUGAAUCCCCUGAAGAAGGUGGACUUGAAACUCAUUAUUGUUGGAGCACUUGGGGUGGGGAAGACCUCCCUCCUUCACCAAUAUGUGCACAAGAUGUUUUACGAAGAAUACCAGACCACACUGGGCGCCAGCAUCCUCUCCAAGACCAUCACACUGAACGACACCACCUUGAAGCUGCAGAUCUGGGACACAGGCGGUCAGGAGCGGUUCCGUUCCAUGGUGUCCACAUUCUACAAAGGCUCUGAUGGCUGCAUCCUGGCGUUUGACGUCACCGACCUGGAGUCCUUCCAAGCCCUGGAUGUCUGGCGGGGUGAUGUUCUGGCCAAGAUCAUCCCCACCGAGCUGUCUUACCCCAUGGUGGUGCUGGGGAACAAAAUCGAUCUGGCAGACCGGAAGGUGCCUCAGGAGCUGGCCCAGGGCUGGUGUGGAGAGAACGACAUGCCCUACUUCGAAGUCAGCGCCAAGAACGACAUCAACGUGGUGCAGGCCUUCGAGGUGCUGGCCGGCCGGGCUCUGGCGAGGUACCAAGGCAUCCUAGAGAACAACCUUAUGGACUCCAUCAAGCUCUCGCCAGGCCAGCCAAGGAGCAGGUGUUGCUGAUGUCCAGACUGGGCUCAGGAUGCCCAGAGCCUGCUCAUCCCAGGCUCGAACCCCCUACUCCGCUGCCUGCCCGUGUCCAGCUCGCGAGCAAGAGGCUCUGCAGCCAGAGCUCUUGCCCAUUGCUGAAGCCAGCAUCAGAGCAGCCCCUGCCUGGAAUGACAGCAGAGCGGCCAAGGCUGGACCCUCCAGAGCCUAGAUGAAGCCUAGAAUGUUCCAGGGAAACCAGGGCCCUGGGGAAGUCCCAGGAGACGUGAUGGCCCCCGCUGUCCGCUGAUGACCUCUCAAGCUCACUCCUGCUCCCGACGCUCAUCCCUGCAGACGAGCCUCCUCCACCUCCCACCGUGCGGCCCCCGACUCCACAAGCACAGCUCUGGACAGCAGCCAGGCCAAGGAGCAAGGGUGUGGGGUGUCCGCCGGGGCCUGAGCCGGCCUCCCCUCCUGGCAGAGGCCUGGGACGCCCCUCUGCUCCCAAGGACCAGCUGCCUGCGCUCUCCUUCCCCCUCACUGGAGCCACCACAGCUCACGAGGGCCCCAAGAGGGCUUACGUGUUAAAUGGGGGUGCCCCGUGUUCUGCCCAUAUCAGAGUAAUGUUUGGGGGCCCAGUAGCUGCGUUGACAUCUCAGUUGCUGUUGUUGGUGUGCAUGUGUUUCCUCCUUCAACAAGCAUCUUGAGGUGAGGGCCUGUGACAAACAGGACAGGAACCCCAGCCUCCCGGAGGGGGAGAGAGAGAGGCCACAAGCCACUGCACAGG